UUUUUAAUUAGCAAUAAGCAAGCAAAGAUAUCUAUUUUCUCCUUGCCUUUCAGUUUGUAAAGUCUAAACCCCUUUUAUAAUCCCCUAUCAAAAACCUACCCUCUCUGUUUCUCUCUUGAUAUUACAGCUUCGAAAUGAUAGAGGCAUCAGCUAUAAGAAACUCGGUGGUCUCUGCCUUGCCUAGACCCUCCAGUGAUUCUUCAACAAGUCGAUUAUCGCUAAGGAAUGAUGAGAAGGGUUUCCUUGAUUGUAAACAAAGUUAUGUUACAGUUAAAGCAAGGGGGGGCAAUCCACCCACUAUGCCAGCGGUGAUGACUCCAGGAGGACCCUUGGAUUUGUCAUCUGUGUUAUUUAGGAAUCGCAUAAUCUUCAUCGGGCAGCCAAUCAAUUCAUAGGCGGCUCAACGAGUCAUUUCACAGCUUGUGACUCUAGCAACUAUCGAUGAGAAUGCAGAUAUUCUGAUGUAUCUGAACUGUACUGGUGGAAGCACUUACUCUGUUCUGGCAAUCUAUGAUUGCAUGUCUUGGAUAAAACCUAAAGUGGGCACUGUAUGUUUUGGAGUAGCUGCAAGCCAAGGAGCACUUCUUCUUGCUGGUGGAGAGAAGGGAAUGCGAUAUGCAAUGCCUAAUGCACGUAUUAUGAUAAAUCAACCGCAGGGCGGCUGUGGGGGUCAUGUGGAGGAUGUGAGACGCCAAGUAAAUGAAGCAGUUCAAGCUCGUCAUAAAAUUGACCAAAUGUAUGCUGUAUUUACCGGCCAACCCCUUGAGAAAGUACAACAAUACACUGAGAGAGAUCGUUUCUUAUCUACUUCAGAGGCUAUGGAGUUUGGGCUCGUUGAUGGCAUCCUGGAAACAGAAUAUUAAACUAGGAUCUAUCCGCUCAACAACAUCCGGCAUUGAAUGCGGUGGGAAGGUUGGAUAUAGUUUUGAUGUGAAGUUGAGUCGCCUCCAUUUUUUGUUGGCAUUUGUGAUCCAACGUUAUUAAGUAGGUAUUAUAAAUUUCAGAGCCAAACGUGCAAGAAUUUUGAUUUUACAAA